GAGUUACGGCAACACUAUUUCCGAACGCAAAUAGAACAUCAAUAAUUCCUCAAUAUAAAUUUUGUAUCACAUUUCUACGCUACAUAGCAUAUGGCAACACCACAUAUGUUGCUAUUUAUUUCGUUUUGGUUUACAUUUUUGAGCGAAUCAAGUCCGUAAUUUAAAAACAAGUGUUAUCAUAUGAACUAAAAAUUAUAAGAAUGCAAGAUUUUGAAGCAAAACGCAAUGCUUUAUUUGCAUGCCUUGAUAAUGCAAGUAAAGAGUUAUCUGGAACAGCUUUGGAUCAAAGCCAGUCUGCAAACCCUACAUUAGGUCUUGUGUACCGCCGCGGCAUAUCAAAGAAGUGCAGGAGUCUAAUGUCUCCUGAUAAAAGUCUAUCGCGAAUGCGUGGAAAAGAAAGCAUAUUUAAGAAACCUGAGAUGCCGCUAUCAAAAUGUUUGAAGCCUCGUAGAGUACCAGAUUAUAAGGUUAAUCCACAGAAGUGGACAAAAUAUUCACUAGCCGAUGUGGAUAUUUCGGAUCAUACAAAUACAGCCGCAGCAUUUCAAUUCUUAAAAGAAAUGGAUGAACAACUUGAAGAACGAGAAGGAAAAGAUGGCACUUCACUCGAAACAAAUAGCAGAAUUGAAUUCAAAAAGUCUAGCAAAUUAAGAAAACAGAUAAGAGAUAAAGAAGAGGACGAGGUUAAAGAUGCUGAGGUGGACAAACCAAGAUUAAAAGGGUCAAGAGUAGUUAUGCCGGAAUAUGUUGUUGGACAGCAAAGAGAUACAAAGAAGAAAAAACUUGUAAAGUCCGUUGAAAAUCAAAUUCGAGCUGCAGGCACGUUAAGGCUACAGCACUUGCAAGAAGACGACGAAGAUACUGAAGAGAGUUAAAUUAUAACGCAAAUCAUCAUAGUUUAUACUAUAUUAGAAAUAGUAAACAAGAAAAAACGUUAACUUCGGUUGCACCGAAGCUACAAUACCCGUCACAAAUAGAAAGGCUCCUUACAAAAACUUGACUCCGAUCGUUCAAUUUGUAUGAAGAUACCUAGUCAAAUGAAAAAGUUUUCCAUGCAAGCUUUUUACUCUGAUCUUUUAGUUAAUAUGGCAGCUAUAUGCUAUAGUCAUCCGAUCUAUAUCUAUAUAUGUAUAUAGGCAGACGGACAUGGCUAAGUCAACUCAGCUCAUGCUGAUCAUUUAUGUAUAUAUUUUAUAGGGUCUCGGACAUUUCAUUCUGGGUGUUACAAAUUUCGUGGCAAACUUAAUAUACCCUGUUCAGGGUAUACAAAUUGUGGAACACGUGAAGCAUAUACUGCUCUAUGUAAAACUAAUCAGCAAUAAUAUUUAAACGGGCUAACCUUAGACGGAUGAAUGAAUUUUAGAUGCAGAGAAUGUAAUUUGACAUAUUGUCUUAAAAAGUUUCAAAGGCAUACAUUCAAUAAGUCAAUUAUUUCGUAAUAAAAUUAUUUGUUAAUUGAUCAUUUGUUUUAUAGACUAAUAAAAGAGAAUGUAGAUUAUAUAUAAUCUUCGUGAACAAGUACCAUUUGAGAGUUGUCAGCACUGGGAAAAUUUCUUCGUGAACAGCUGGUUUAAUGAAAUGACAGCUGUUUGUGUAUAUUAAAUUUAAUACAGGAACUCUAAUAAACACUGAAAUUUGGACAGUUUUUAAAAGAAAAAUAAUAAACAAGUAAACCGACUAAGUUUCAAGUUAGAACUUAUUUGAAACUGAAAGUAGAGAAUGGUUUGCGCACUAGGUAUUGAAGGAAGUGCAAAUAAAAUUGGUGUUGGCAUUAUACGUGAUGGAGAAGUUUUAGCCAAUGUGCGGCGUACCUAUGUGACACCGCCUGGAGAAGGAUUUUUACCCAAAGAAACUGCUGCGCACCAUAAAGAUGUCAUUCAUCAACUUAUAAAACAAGCUCUGAAAGAAUCAAAACUUCUCCCAAAUGAUUUGGAUGUCAUAUGUUAUACUAAAGGUCCCGGCAUGGCGCCUCCCCUUUUGAUCGGUGCAAUAGUGGCACGAACACUGUCGUUAUUGUGGGAGAAACCGCUUUUGGGAGUAAACCAUUGUAUUGGUCACAUAGAAAUGGGACGUCUAAUAACAGGCGCCUUGAACCCGAUUGUGCUCUAUGUGAGUGGAGGCAAUACACAAGUUAUUGCAUAUUCUAAUAAACGUUAUCGUAUUUUUGGUGAAACGAUAGAUAUUGCCGUUGGCAAUUGUCUUGACAGAUUUGCGCGGAUUAUUAAGCUAUCUAAUGAUCCUAGCCCGGGUUAUAAUAUCGAACAGUUAGCUAAGAGUGGACAAAACUAUAUCAAACUUCCAUAUGUUGUCAAAGGCAUGGAUGUAAGCUUUUCAGGUAUUCUUUCACACAUUGAAGACCUUGCCGAUCCUAGCAAAAGACGCAAUAAACGUAAGAAGGGCGUAAUAACUGCCGAAGAGUCAGAGUAUACGAAGGAAGAUCUUUGCUAUUCAUUACAAGAAACUAUUUUUGCAAUGCUGGUAGAAAUUACGGAACGCGCAAUGGCACACUGCGAAUCGAAUGAGGUGCUGAUUGUGGGUGGCGUGGGAUGUAAUGAGCGUCUGCAAGAAAUGAUGCGCAUUAUGUGCGAGGAGCGUGGUGGGAAGCUAUUUGCUAUUGACGAGCGUUAUUGUAUUGACAAUGGAUUGAUGAUUGCACAUGCGGGCGCUGAAAUGUUUCAUUCUGGCACUCGCAUGCCUUUCGAAGAAUCAUCCGUAACGCAACGUUAUCGUACAGAUGAAGUGCUGGUUACAUGGCGGGAUGAUUAACAUAAAUAUACGUUAUAUACAUAUGUAUGUAUAUACAAUUUGUAAAAGUGAGAAGCAAAAUUUGAAAAAAAAGUUCUUUAACUUAAAUUUUCCCGAAAAAUAAAUAUUUCUGUUACAAUUUAUUAUAGUACUACUUUUGAUAACUAUAACAUUGUUAAAUUGAAGAAUUGUAAUAUAUUAUAAAGGUUUAUUUUAUUCA